AUGCCCAACUCAAGCGCUGCAAAUGAUCCUCUGUAUCAUGAUGUCAGUCCAGAACACGAGCGUUUUACACGUUUAUUUUUAAUAUUUUCUGGUUUAAUAUGUAUAAUAUCAAUAAUAUGUGCAAUUAUAAAAGCUCAAGAAGAAAAAAAAUUCUAUAUUAUUAUAAUUAGUUUAGUUGCAUCAAUAUUUUUUGUUAUAUGUAUUUAUUUAUUUUUUAAACGACGAAUUCUUUUAGCUGAAAAACUUUGGUUUGUUAAUUUAACAAUAUGUAUUUUAUUUUUACAAGCAUUAAUUUAUUUAAUAUUUGUUUUUAUUAAACCAUAUCCUAUUCCGAUUCUAACAACAACAAUGACAACAACUGGUUCAACAAGACCAUUUAAUACGACUAAUAUGACUAAUAUAUCAACAACAACAAGUUUAACAACAAAACCAAAAUUAUAUUCAUGGGAUAAACAAAUUUUUUUAACUAAAUUAUAUGAACAAAUUGAUGAUAAUUGA